GAGUUAGCCAAGUCCGCUAGUCGCGCGACCGUGCGGUUUGUGCCCUGUUCGUGUCAGCCAUUUUGGAUUAGUUUAUAAUAUGGCGUCAGGGGAUAUUAAUAUGGCGUCUUCGGACAUAAUAACUGAAGUUGAGAUCCAGCCGGACAUUCAGGAGGUUGAGAUCGAGAGUAUUCCGGUGGAGAUACCGUGCGAAACAGUGGAAACAACGAUCGACGGUGACGACGGACAACCGAUGAUAACGUUGCAACCACUCCCAGAGCCAGGACGCGAGGAAAUAAUACUUCAGACACAGGAGGAAAUUGUCGGCGGAGAUCCAUUGAGCGUUUACGAUCAAAUACCCGUGCCGGAUAACGAUAUUUAUGUCGAAUCGAGCCCUGGACCUUCCAGGAAAACAACCAAGAAAGCUAGAAAAGGUGGCAACUCGAGAUUUCGGACACCUGAUCAUACGAUCUUCGGUGACAUGGGUUCUGAAACUAAAGCUAGAAAGUGGGAACAGAAGCAGGUGCAGAUAAAAACUCUCGAGGGAGAGUUUUCAGUAACUAUGUGGGCUUCGGGGACCGAUGACGAUGAAGGUUCGAACCCAGAGCCUGACCCUGAUUACACAGAAUAUAUGACGGGUAAAUCAUCAGCAAAAUUUAAUCACUCCGGUAGUUCAGUAUCCGAUGGAAUGCCAGGACUGGAUCUGUCAGAUCCUAAGCAACUUGCAGAAUUUGCACGACCCGGACACAAGUUGAAGGUUCGGAAGCCGCCAGUGAUGGAUGGUGUAGAGCGUACGAUAGCCUGUCCUCACAAAGGAUGUACAAAGAUGUUUCGUGACAACAGUGCGAUGCGAAAACACCUUCAUACUCAUGGACCACGGGUGCACGUGUGUGCUGAGUGUGGGAAAGCCUUUGUUGAAAGUUCAAAACUAAAGAGGCAUCAGCUUGUUCACACCGGCGAAAAACCUUUUCAGUGUACCUUCGAAGGCUGUGGGAAGAGAUUUAGCCUCGAUUUUAAUCUUAGAACUCACGUCAGAAUUCACACCGGUGACCGGCCUUACGUAUGUCCCUUCGACGGUUGUAGCAAAAAAUUUGCCCAAUCAACGAACCUCAAGUCCCACAUAUUGACACACGCGAAAGCAAAAUCGCGUAACGCAAUUGGGAGACAAGUAUCACAAAUUCAGCUGCAACAGCCUCAAUUCGUACAAGUGGAGGUAGCCGAUGUGGACAAUCAGCAGUUUAUCGUCUACGCGGAUUAGCCCCCUUGAACCCAUCCCGCUGAUCUCCAUCGUCCUUUAACGAGCCCAAUAUUAAGUAACGUAACCAUUAAUUAUUAUUAAUCCACAAACAAACAGAUAAAAAAAGAAAAACAGUGUACAUAUUUACAAAGCGAAGUUGCGCGUGGUUAAUGAGAUAGUAAAUGAACGAGGCGAGAAUGAAACGAAAAAAAAGAAAUGACAAGAAACGAAUGACAAAGAAAGACAAGUACGUGAAUGUAAUUUUCUUGUGAAGAAUUUCAAGUCGAAUGACCGAUCGAAAUCGUGCAUGGGCCAAAAAUCGAUGAAUAAUUGUAAAAAAGGAAGAAAUAUAAGAAAAACAUUGAAACGCGGGUGGUUCAUUGAAAGAUUGGUUGAAUUAAGUCGAACACUGGCAUACUUGAGAUAAGAAUAUUGCAGAUCUUCGAAUGGAAGAAGAAAAAAAAAGUUUUGAAAAGAAAACGAGAAUUUUGCGGUAGACUCUCGCGCACUGCUCAAUUUUACGUUGAAGUAAAAACAAAUUCACGUGAAUUAAGUGUGUUCUCGUCAAAACGUGACUGUAUAUAUUUAUAAGUAAAGUUAAAUAUUGUAUACAGUAUAUUUUGGAAAAACAAACAAACAAACAAACAAACAAGAGAGAAAACAGUGCGAAAAGGAUAAAAAUACAUUUGGAGGAUAAUAAAUCCGUAAAAAUAAAAAAUGAAAGUUUACCAUGUGAAACUUUAAACGAAACAGAACAGAAAUAAAGUUGGGCGCUUCGAGCUCUUUCGUGCAAUUCACGGAGUGGUUAUUUUAUCAUUUUCAAACUACGUAUAUCUCGUUAUCUUCAUUAUUCGCGCGCCGAAGUCUUUUCGUUUUCUUUUUUUUCAUUUUUAUUAUGAAUCUAUAAGUAUACAUAUACGCAUAUAUGUAUAUCUAUAAAAAUCGCCAGAGAAAAUGAUAACGAACGAGGAUGAAAGAGAAAAAAAUGAUUGUACAUUAACGAUACAAUGAAUUGUUAAGCAGUGUGAAGACUUUGAAUUUUUAAUAUUGAAAAAUGAAUACAAAAACGAUUGUAUGGUCCUUGAAAAAAAGAGAAAAACAAAAACAAAAAGACAGAGUAAAAAUAGAGAAACACGAAAGAUCAUUAGGAAUUUGUGAAGAUCGCACAACGACGCGUAUACUCGGAAGUGUAGAGGAAAAAAAAUGAAGAAUGAGGGGCUGCUGUAAUUGCACAAUCCGAUGGCUACACAGACUUUUCCGCCAUCCCCGAGUAUGUCACAGCUGUGGUUGUUGAACGGGCAAAACUUUCGUCAGUUCGAUGUGUCUACGGUGCAUCUCUUUUACGAUCGUAAUUGACUUGAUCACAAGUCUGGCAAUGUCUUAAUUGGAGUUCGCGCGUUGAUCCCGUGAACUGAAAUGGGUGAAAAACUUUUUUACGAACAGAGACGAAGAAAAAAUGUAGCAAGAGAAGAAACGUUUUUCUUAAAUGCCUCGAUACUGAAUAACAGUGCGUACAUAUAAAAGACUAUAAAACAAAUGAAACGGGAAUAUAAAUAAUUCUCGAAAUAAAAUGACGGAGGAUCAAGUAGCCUUAAUGUCCAUACGAGAGAUACAGAGAGAGAGAAAGAGAGAGGGAGAGAAAAAGAGAGAUGUGAAUCCAUGUUAUAAAAUUGUUUAUACUGCAGCGAACACAGGAUUAUUUAAGGACGAAUUAAAUAAGAAAAAAAAGAAUAAAAAGAGGAUAACGAAACAUAAGAGAAACAUUUACACAGAGCUUUCGUGCAAGCGCAACACACGAACGAGAUUGAAUGAGCUUCUCACCGAUGCAAACAAUGAACAUUUUUUCACGGCCUAUUAUAUUAAUAGCGAGCAUGUACAUUUGAGCGCGAGAAAAAAAAAACAUUGAAAACUUGAUGUCCGCGUAUUUACCUAACUCGAAAUCCAUUGUCAUUGGAAUGAAAUACUUUUUUCGUGUUUCUUUCUAUCGACAUCGAUGACGAAAGCCCUCAAACGAGAAACGGAAUGGAAGAAAUUAAAUUUGUAAAAAUAUCGUAUGAGUGGAGUGAACGGAAGGAAAACGUAGUAAAUUCGGUUGGAAAACUCGUCUGAACAGUUUGUAUGCGCGCCUGCACAUUCGCAAAUCCCUGUAUAUCGCCAAGACUUUUGGAGAGAACGAAAGAUAGGAGCGACACUUUUAUUAUUAGCGAUGAAAGAGUAAAAAAAGAAAUUUUUUCUUGCGUAUAAGAUAUCACAAUACUGUCGAACUCAAUGGUAUAUACUUAAGUCUGUCGAUUUAUAUGAGAAGAGAGGGCAGAAGAAAAACGUAAAUACAAUUGUUCUAUAUUUCA